CUCGGCGUGGGCAGAGCGCCGAGGAGAGGCCUGCUCCAAGUUUGGGGCGUGACUCUUGGCACUUUUGUUUUUGCGAUCCUGCGUUGGUCUCCCUCCAAUAAAAGCGAUGGCUGGGGAACAGGCACUCAAGGAUGUCGUGCUCCGGUCACCGCCGUCUCAGUCUUCCCCGAGGAGACCUCAAACUCUCAGAAAGAGCUGCCGCUGGGAGACCCUGAAGCACCGAAGGCGCGGCUACCUGUUUUCCUUCAACCCCGUGUGCGCACGUUCGGCGACCCACACCCCAGUUUCCAGAUACAGCGCCCCCAGCCUGGCUCCGUGCAAGAAGCAUGGAGCUAGGAUCCCCUGACCUGCUAGACGUGUUGCUGGAGCCCCCAGAAGAUAUCUUCUCAACAGGAUCCUUACUGGAACUGGGAUUCAACUGUUCCCCUCCAGAGGUUCCAGUGACUAGGCUACAAGAACAGGCGCUACAUGGCUGGGAUUCUAGUGGGGGCCAUGGCUGUGGACUUCAAGAGAGUGAAUCUGAAGAUUUCCUGAAGCUUUUCAUUGAUCCCAAUGAGGUGUAUUGUUCAGAAGCAUCUCCUGGCAGUGACAGUGGCAACUCUGAGGAUCCUGGCCUCUCAGACAGUCCCCCUGCCCUGCAGGCACCCAGCUCUCCUGCCCUCUAUGAGGUUGUCUAUGAGGCAGAGGCCCUGCAGAGGAUGCAGGGGGAAGCCAGGCCAACCUUAGGACUCAUCUCCAUUCAGCUAGAUCAGUGGAGCCCACAAUUCAUGGUGCCAGAUGCCUGCAUGGUCAGUGAACUGACCUUUGAUGCUCAUGCACACAUCCUGCCCAGAAGCACUGCAGCCCCAGUGCCUCCUUCCACACUUCUGCCCUGUCAAACUCUGUUCCUGACAGAUGAGGAGAAGCGUCUGCUGGGGCAGGAAGGGGUUUCUCUGCCCUCUCACCUGCCCCUCACCAAGGCAGAGGAGAGAAUCCUCAAGAAGGUCAGGAGGAAAAUCCGUAACAAGCAGUCAGCUCAGGACAGUCGGCGACGGAAGAAAGAAUACAUCGAUGGGCUGGAGAACAGGGUGGCAGCCUGUUCUGCACAGAACCAGGAGCUACAGAAGAAAGUCCAGGAGCUGGAGAGACAUAACCUCUCCUUGGUGGCUCAGCUCCGUCAGCUCCAGACGCUUAUUGCUCAAACCUCAAACAAAGCUGCCCAGACAAGCACUUGCGUUCUGAUCCUUCUUUUUUCUUUGGUUCUCAUCAUCCUGCCCAGCUUCAGUCCCUUUCAGGGUCUACCAGAAGCGGGGCCUGAGGACUACCAGCCUCGUGGAGGUGAGAAGCUCCCUGUGAUUUCCAGAAAUAUCUUGACCCAUGUGGAUAUGACAGAAAGUCGAGAGACUCCAGUGGAAGAGUCCAAAAUGGGAGAGUCACUUAGAGCCCAGAUCGCAAACACGUCGACCAGAACACUGAUAGAGAAGAGGGGCGUGGAGACUGGGUCUGGUGGGCAUGUCAGAACCGUGCUGCAUGCAGAUGAGAUGUGAGCUGGAAGGUUCCUGGCCCACUCCCCUUUACCAUAAGGAACCCAGGGUUCCCCUAUAGCUCUGCUUCCCCCUGGUCUUCCCACUCAGGUGUCUUUGCUCUUGGGGGUCUGAAUCACCUCAGGACAACAUAGGAGAUAUCUGUAUCCUGAGGCCCAGUUAGCCUGUGUGAAGAGUACCUCAAAUACUUUUGUUAUGUAUCUGUGAUUUUAUUUCUUCUUGGGGGAUAGGGUUGAGGGAAACAAAAGUUUUGACUAAGAAAUAAAUUUUCUAGUUAAAAUUAUA